CAAUAUGUCUGCCCCCGCUGCUUUCUCCGAUAUCGCCAAGGCGACCAACGAUCUCCUGAACAAGGAUUUCUACCACGGCGCUGCCGCCAACCUUGAGGUCAAGUCCAAGGCCCCCAACGGUGUCACCUUCACCGUCAAGGGCAAGUCUGCCCACGAGGGCCCCAUUGCUGGUCAGCUCGAGGCCAAAUACGUUGAUGCGCCCACUGGCCUCACCCUCACCCAGGCUUGGACCACCGCCAACGCUCUCGACACCAAGCUCGAGCUCGACAACAACAUCGCCAAGGGCCUCAAGGCUGAGAUCCUGACCCAGUACCAGCCCGCUAAGCAGUCUAAGGGUGCCAAGCUCAACCUGUACUUCAAGCAGCCCAACCUGAACGCCCGUGCCUUCUUCGAUCUCCUGAACGGCCCCACCGCCAACUUCGACGCCGUUCUCGGCCACGAGGGCUUCCUCGUCGGUGCUGAGGGUGGCUACGACGUCAACAAGGCCGCCAUCACCAAGUACUCCGCUGCCGUCGGCUACAGCGUUGCCCAGUACUCUGCUGCCAUCACCGCCAGCAACAACCUGUCCCUCUUCUCUGCCAGCUACUACCACCGCGUCAACGCUCAGGUCGAGGCCGGUGCCAAGGCUUCUUGGGACUCCACCUCCGGCAACGCCGUCGGCCUCGAGGUCGCCAGCAAGUACCGCCUGGACCCCUCUUCCUUCGCCAAGGCUAAGAUCAACGACCGUGGUAUUGCCGCUCUGGCUUACAACGUCCUGCUCCGCCCUGGUGUCACCCUCGGCCUCGGUGCUUCCUUCGAUACCCAGAACCUGAACCAGGCUGCCCACAAGGUCGGCGCCAGCUUCACCUUCGAGGCUUAAGC